AUGAAUACGGGAGCAAAAGAUGCGACGCGCUCCGAACAUCGGACGACGUUCAAGGAGGGUCUCAAGUUGUACCCCAAAGCAAUAGGAUGGAGUAUGUUAUUAAGCAUGACGAUUAUCAUGGAAGGCUAUGAUCUCGUGCUGGUCAACAGCUUCUAUGCGUUUCCAGCAUUUCGAAAGGCGUAUGGAGUUCCGACUGCGAACGGAUACGAAAUCACAACCUCCUGGCAGUCCGCGUUGACGAACGGAGCCUUCAUUGGCGAAAUCCUGGGCCUGCUCUUUAGCGGCCUCCUAACGGAACGGUUUGGCUACCGGUACACCAUUGUUGGCUCGCUAGUAGCGCUGGCGCUCUUUAUAUUUCCCGCAUUCUUCGCUUUCGAUAUUGGAACCCUGAUGGCAUCACAAGUACUCUGCGGAUUACCCUGGGGUGUAUUCCAGACUCUUUCGACUACCUAUGCUGCGGACGUUGUCCCGAUGCAUCUUAGGGCAUAUCUUACGUCCAGCGUUAACUUAUGCUGGCUAAUCGGCCAACUUAUCGGACUGGGAGUGUUACGAGGAGCAGUACACGUCAGCUCUGAAUGGUCCUACCGGAUUCCAUUCGGACUCCAAUGGGCGUGGGCUGUACCGCUUGCCAUUGCGAUCAUGUUCGCUCCAGAGUCCCCUUGGUGGCUGGUUCGCCAUGAGCGCUACGAGCAGGCGAAACGUUCGCUCACCCGCCUUACAAAGCGGGACGGGGACUUCAAUAUAGACGGAAGUAUUGAGCUAAUGAAGCACACGACACAAGUUGAAAAAGACUUCGGCUCCGGUGUAUCGUAUCGGGACUGCUUCAGAGGAACAGACCUCCGUAGGACAGAGAUUACCUGUAUGGUUUGGACAACGCAAACGCUAUGCGGCUUGCCAAUGACCUCGUACGCAACCUACUUUUAUCUCCAAGCGGGAAUCACCACAGAGGCAGCCUUUGAUCUCUCCGUUGGGAUGUAUGCCUUGGCCAUACUCGGCAACCUCCUAUCUUGGUCUGUGAUGCGAGUGGUUGGACGUAGAACUUUGUACCUCUGGGGCUGUGCUGCGUGCACCAUCAUCAUGUUCGUGGCCGGAUGUGUUGGACUUGCACCGGACUCUCCGGCUAUUGCAUGGUCCCUCGGUUCCCUCAUCAUUCUCUUUACCUUCUUAUAUGACGUGACCAUCGGGCCGGUAUGUUACUCGCUGGUAGCCGAGAUUCCAUCCACACGCCUACGAGUAAAGACCGUAGUUUUGGCUCGAGUGGCGUACAACAUUGCAUUCAUGAUUGCGGGAGUGCUGAUGCCGUACAUGUUGAAUCCGACGGCUUGGAACUGGAGAGGCAAGACCUGUUUCUUCUGGGCUGGAACGAGCUUUUUAUGCUUCGUCUGGUGUUUCUUUCGACUUCCAGAACCGAAGGGUCUUACGUACAUGGAGCUUGAUCUCCUUUUCGAGAAGAGAGCGAACGCGAGGAAGUUCCGAAGCUUCCAACAGAACCUUGCUUCUACUGGAUAUUUCAGCUUGCAUACUAGAGACGGGGUUGAUGGAUGGGCUGACCGAUGA